AUGCACGACAUUAACUACCGACUGUAUGAUGCAGUCACUAAAGGCCAGACGGGAAACGCCCUCAAGUUCCUCAGGCUGGGAGCGGACGUCAACAAGCGCGAUGUGAUUGAUGGCAUGACACCGCUGUUAAAAGCAGCCCGUCGGCGAAACUUCGUCAUGAUGAAAUUGCUGCUUUUCCAUGGCGCGAAACCCAACACAAGGGACAAAGAGCGGGGGCUUACAGCGAUGCACUACUUGGCGGAGGCUGGAGACACAGAGAGUAUGAUGUUGCUGCUCGCCUUCAGUGCCCACAUGGAAAGCACGGACUAUGUGGGGUGUACUCCGCUCCAUUACGCCUCCAACCGGGACCACGCCAGAGCUGCUGACUUAUUGGUGUUCUGUGGAGCUGACGCGACCAUACGUAACAUCAGAAAAGAAACACCUAUAUCAAUAUGCGAAAAUGAGGAUGUCGCGCAAAUUCUACAAGAGUCGAAGCGAGUGGUGAAUGGAAUGAAAAAUAAUGAUGUCUUCGUAGAACACAAACAACUCGAGACAGAUUCCAGAACCCCUUUUAACGAGAUAGGACUCGUGGUGUUCACACCGCCAACAUUCAGCUCCGACAGUCUGAGUUUCCUUUGUCGUCGCGUCAGACCCGAGUACAGUGACAACAUCCUUCGUCCCGACAAACAGGAACUCUUGAUCAGUGAUACAUUCCAGUACAGAUUGUCGGCCACCCAGUCAGACGGUCUCGUUUUGCUGGAAAUCCCUCUCUACACUUUUCCAGACCCAUUUGAGGAUGUUUACAUAAAGACGGAUACAAAUCCUAAAAUCGACCCUGCCAAAAAAAUAACGGAUAUUAGAAGGAUUCGAUGCGAGAAUAGUCAAAGUGACUAUAAAUGGGUAUGUUACACUGAGGUAGACAUCACAACAAUGACGGCCUUUUGCCUUGUCACCUUUCCAAGAGUAGAAAACUUCGAUAUUCCCCCUGAAGGAAUUACUUUGACAUCGGAAGUGGACCAGUUCGUGCAGAUUUCCGUCCCGCCGAAUGCGUUCGAGUGCCCUGGAAGUAGAAUAUCUUUAGAGGUUUUGCCAAGUCCAGUUUUCGAUCCUCAAGACUUCGGCAACAUCGUAUCCGUCAGUCAUUUUUAUGACUUGAAUCAUAACCAUUCAGAGCGUCCACAGAAGGAGAUUGGUUUGAAGGUACCGCUUCCACAGGACUACGACGGAGAGGGAAAUUUUUAUAUUUUGGGGGCCGAACUCAGCAGCCAAGUCUACUUGGAUAUGGAAGGUGAAGGAGAAGAGACACAGAAACACAUCAUAGAACAAUGGAGUAUCAUUGAAAAAAACCCUGUAUCUGUCAAAGGCUGUAUUAAGUGUCCAGUUACACAUUUCUCAUACUAUGUAGCGUCUGAGGCCCAACAGAACAUGACAGAAGAGGCGGUAAUUAGGCAGACAUCCAAAUUGUGUAGAAGGGCCUCACUUAAAAAACAACAUGUCAAACUCAUUGUCAUGUUAAAACCACUGGGCGAUGAAAUUUACGACGUCAUUGUGGAGAUAACAAUAGCAAGAAAAGCGGAGGACAGGCUUAAUCACUGGAGAGCGUGCAGAUAUCUAGAUCAAAAGCCCAGUAUAUCACGAGACUUUGAAUCCGUUCCCAGAAAGAGGUACCUCAUAACACUAAGUGACGAGAUCGAAAAGCAUGGAGGAUUAACUUCUACUCCAUUAGACUUUCAUCCAAAACGGUUCAAUUUUCAACAGUUUCAAAUACGUCGGAAAAAGAACGGUGAACUGAACUUUGGCUCAGUGAUUCUGACUGAUGAUGAAACUGGGGAGGAAAUUGCUAGAAUAACGGUUCAUUUAACUGGUACCCCAUUUCUUGAGGAUUUAGGGGAAUUUGAAGACGGAUUUCCAGGUUUCACAAGAAAUAGUUUACUGAAACACUUGGCUAGAGAACUUGGCGACGAAUGGAUCAAAGUAAGCGUCCUCAUGGGUCUGACGUACCGAACAGUAGAGGAACACUCUAAGCUUCCCAACAAGACAAUCACAGAGAAGAAAUUCGAGAUUCUAAAGCUGUGGAGAGACUUGAGUAAAAAUCGGCAGGACCUAGGUGUUCCCGAUCUCUUGUCUGCUCUAGGUAAAACCAAACGAGAUGACUUGGUAGAGUAUGUUAAUACACAGCUCAAAGUUUGGCUUCAGGAGAAAAAAGGCCAACCUGACCGUUUCUAUAACUGGUUAGAGGAUGUUUUCCAAGGCCCCAACAAAGAUAUUCUAGAAACCAACAGUCACCCGCAGCCCAUGUCAGACCAGUUCUACGUCCUCCUGGUGGAAAAAUGUGGCAUUAAUCUCAGGUCCACCGGAAGUCAUCUCGACCUGUCAAAACCGGAACUGGAUGAAUUAUUCUCAGACACAAUGAUCAACAAAGAAGAGCAUAAACUACUUCAUUCUUUGGGUCAGUUUUAUGACCUCUGUUCGGCGGAGAUCGAAGAAAUUGUAGCCUACCCUAUUGGACAUGGACAUAGGUUACUGAGGAUGCUGGUGGUUGCCCGUGAGAAAAGUGAGAGUAACAUCGAGGCUUACAAGAUGCUGAUAGAAGCGUGUGACAAAGUGGGAAUGUCAGAGGCUAAACAAUGGAUACUGGACAUGUCGAAAGAAUGGUUAAUGGAGAACCCAGAGGCCACCGAUCCCUUCAGAAUAUCUGUCCAGGAAGUGAUAGAGUCGGUUGAAGGUCAUUAUCUGAAUGACUCCAGUUUGCAGUCUGACCAUAAUAAUGCUGGUGACCUCAAUGGCCAAUAAACUCUUCAAUGAUUGCCAUAUAAUCUAAAUGUGGGAUA